GACCAACGACUUUCAAAUGAAAUCGUAAAUCUAGAUGCCAAGCGACAUAGAACCGUUACUGUACUAGAGCUUGAGCUAGCACUCAAGGAAUUCAUACUAAUCUAUCAACACCGCACUAUUCUAAGCAAUACUAUGAUGAUCGAAAAGGCAAAAUUGUUAGCAGAUGAACUAGGAAUAAAGCUUCAUGGAGAAGCAGAUUCUGUUGAUGAGGAUGUUAUUACUGAAUCCUUACUUUUAUUGCAAAGUAAAUACUCUGAAUACCCUCUUGACCGCAUAUAUAAUAUGGACGAAACCAGACUUUUUUACCAAUUGGAACCGGAUCGAACCUUAGUGACUCGGCAAAUUGCAGGGUGCAAAAAAAAUAAGGACCGUAUUUCUGUGGCAUUAUGUACGAAUGCUGAUGGAUUCUAUAAGUUGGCACCUCUUAUAAUUGGCAAAUAUACCAAACCCCGAUGUUUCAAAAAUAAGCAUAGGGGCCAGCAUGUUUUUUUACUUCUUGACAAUUGUUCUAGUCAUAAAUUAGACGAGUUAACCCUCCGGUAUGUAGAUAUACAUUUUUUACCCAAAAAUACAACUUCUAGGAUACAACCAAUGGAUGCAGGAAUAAUCAUGGCUUUUAAAAGAGCCUAUCAUCGUUUUCAUCUCCAAUGGAUGUUGGAGCAAAUUGAAGCAGGUAAUUUCGUUCAGGAUUUGAAGAUGGAUGUUUUACAAGUGAUCUUGUAUAUCAUAAAGAGUUGGGAUGAUCUUUGUGAAGCUAGCAAUUCAAGGCUUGAAAAUCUUAUUAGGUCACUGAAUACUCUCUGUCUUCCAAAUGCAAUGGAAACUGAUGAAUUCUUAAAUUUUAAUGGUGAGGAAAUUGUUUACGAAGUUUUCUUGAAGAAUCAAAUCAUUAAGAAGCUAGUUUAUAUAUUCAGAAAUGAUGAAAGUGUUGAAGUUAUGGAUGAAGGAAAUACUGAGAUAAUGGAUGAAGAAAAAGAUGAUAGUGUGGAACCCGCAGUUGUUAGUGAUAGUUUGGCAUUGAAUAGCUUGGAUAUUUUUACUUCAGCAGAAAGGCUCAGGUGA